CGGCGUUGCCCGGAGGAGCAGUGAGACUCCGCCACGAUCUCGAGUUUUUCCUUUGGGAGAGAAAUUGAUCCACGCGAUUCCUUUGUUAGUCCUGAUCUGCUUCUUGACUCUCUGCUGGUUCUCUCAUCCAGUAGAUCUGGUGAUCAAGGAUGGCGGAGUUAUGGUUACACAUGAUAGGGUGAGGGCAGAGGUGUUGGCACAUCUUGAUCGCACUGAGAUUGGACUUGCUAGGAUGAAAUUUGCUUCAUCCCCAAUCGCCUCAGUCCCAAGGGAUCUCAACAAUGGAGAUGGAACUGAAGCACAGGUGAGUAAAUAUGAUUGAAGAAUCAUAGUUUUAGACUUUUAGGAAAUUGUAGUUUUCGUUGUGGAAGAAUCAUAAAGGUGAAUUCUGUUGGAAUCUGCUUGAGAACACAAACUGUUUGUUGAUUUGUUUGAAUGAAACUUGAAUCAAUGGUGUCAUGGUUU